ACCAAAGCUCCUGACCACUGACCACCCUCUUCAGGCGCAUUGCAUCAUUCAGCCAUUCAACAUUCACAAACAGUCAAGUGCUUCCGAAAUCUCAAAUUCUGACAGCUCUUAAGAUUACAUUUCUUUAUGCCCCUGCCAAAGGGCUGCAGAAAUGCCAUGCUGUUUGGAUAUGUUCCCAGAAGACUCCUCCAGCAAUUAAAAAAAUACGUAUCUGUAUCAGCAGUCUUACUGAUUUUUCUGACCUGUACUACAGAGAUUGAGAGUUAGACAGUGCCCGGCAAGCUGGUCCUCUGCACCUGUCUACCACCCACGGGAGCAGGGUGGACACAUCCCCCGUGGGUCUCAGCGUUUAAAUCCUGCACCCGACCAUCUCCACAAUAAAUGCCAGUUUAGAUCAAGGUUUUGCUGGGACAGAGGCAGGGUGGGGACCCCAACUCCCCUGCAUACCCAAGCCCGGCUCUUGCACGUGUUUAACCCCGUCAACACAAACGCGGCAGCCCUCUGCAUCACCAGGAUGUUACGGCUGACUGUUCCAUGAAGCCCAGCCGCAACCGGAUGCCGAAGACCUGGGCUGACAAGUCGUCUGUCUGGACAAAGACAUUUUCAAUUUGCAGCACACUAAUUUCAGGUCCAUCUCGCAGCUAGCUUUCCCUUUUGCCUCCAAAAAGAGGCUGUGCUGUAUCACAAUUCAUUCCAGGCCACUAGCAGAUGUCUGAAACUCCUGUGCAUUAUCUUAGGAAAGCCUAACGCUCAAUUUCCUUAAAAGACAGGGGAGCAAGUGAGUCACUUUACAUACCCUGGCAGUCACAUACAAGGCAACGGGUAUGUCCAGGAGGAAAUAACAUCACAAACUGGCAAGGAAUGGCUACAUCUACUCGUUCAACAAGAUUUGGUCCAUUCUAAAACCUACUGCUUUGAAGACGAAACGGCAAGCAUUCAUCUCAAGUAUUAUUUCUGUACUAAUGCAUGGACACAAAAGUUGGAAGCCCAUCAAAUCACAGACAAAACGCUUCCGCAUGCAAACGCGCUACAGAUGCCUCCUUAGCAUUUCUCUAACAAACGCAGAGGUGGCUCAACUCCCUCUGCUCCUCUUCUGGAUAAUUCUCCGCAGGCACGCAGAGAGCUUUGCGCUGCGCUAGGAAGGCAGGCGAGCCCCGGCGGCGGCAGGUGUGCCCAUGGGGCACCCGGGGACGACACCGCGGGGGGACCCUCGGGGGGACCCUCGGGGACAAAGCGUAGCAGGGAUGCGGUGCCAACGUUCGGCGAGGGCUCCCACGGUUCCUCCGCGGCACACGGCGCCGGACUGACGACCUUCUCCGCAUCACGCCCUAACGAGCGCGGGAUGACGGUUUUCUUUGGGAGGAGAACAGCAUCCCUGGAGAGAUGGGGAUGCCAAGGAGCGCUUCGCCCGCUACCACACCCUGGCCUGGCGAGGGGUCCCCAGCCCAGGGGUUGGUUCCUCCUUUGCCUAACGCCGAGGCAGGAAGCGCGGGGUGAGAGCUGGGGAGCGCGGGGUGAGAGGAGCUGCGCCUUGCCGGGGAGCGGGCCGCCGGCCAGCCCCGCAGAAGGCGCCGCCAUGGCCCGGCGGGAGCGAGGCCCGGCAGGGCAGAGGGUAGCUGGCAUCGUCCGGACGUUCGCCUUCCUGGAAGCCGCCCAGCCCCGAGCGGGGAGCCUAGCCCGCAGCUCCCAUCUUUGGCCGGCCGCCACGGGGACCAGAGAGCGUUUCCAUCCGCUGCAGAAGAUGGACACCAACAGGAGCGCCGGCUGGGGCAGCCAAGGCCCGGGGAGCUGGGGUAGGACUUCAGGCAGGGUCUCCGUCAGCCCCGGCGGUACCCGGAGGAAGGAGCUGAAGGAAAUCCUCCUGCAGAGCAACAGCCCCGGCGGCACCAUGCGGUUCGCCGCCGCUCAGAAGACGUCCAACAGCAGCGGUCUCCUUGCCGGGCCACACCAAGAGCAGAAGCCCGAGCAGAGCCCCGAGGUGCUGUCCCUUGCCCUGGAUCCCCUGGAGCACGAGUGGCUGCUGACGGUGGCCCAGGGCGAUGCGGACAACAUCGUCAGGCUGAUGGACCUGGAUCCCAGCCUGCUGACCAGGAAAGACUUUGUGACGGGCUUCACCGCUCUCCACUGGCUUGCCAAGCACGGCCACCAUGAGAGCUUCAUCCAGGUCAUGUCCCACGCCCAGAAGAAGGGCUAUCCCGUCAACGUGAACAUCCCCACCGCCAGCGGCGGGCUCACCCCCUUGCACCUGGCUGCCCUGCAGGGACAUGAGCUGCUCAUCAAAGUGCUGGUGGGAGCUUACGGGGCCGACACCAGCCGCAGGGACCACAACGGGCGCAAGGCUUGGCAGUACCUGAGGGCAGACACCUCCAGGGAGCUGAAGGAGCUGGCGGGGGCCUUGGAGGAGGACUUGGUCCAGCUGGGCUCUCACAACACCAACAACAACUGUAAGUCAUCCGGAGAGGCCAGGGCAGGGCGGGACUGUGUGGACUCCGGGGCCAAGGGGAAAGCCCGGCGCUCCUGGUGCCUGUCGACGCUCCGGGCCUUUGUCAGACAGGCAUCUGCUUUCUUCCAAGAGCGCUGAAGCUCCUCUGGCCCAUUCGCCUCCAAACCCCAAGUCUCGCGUGGUCUUUCGGGGCUGUGCCAGCGUGAGUGUGCGUGGGGCAACCACAGCCAUCGGGAGCACUGCCUGGGGACAGCCCUUCCAAAAAAACACCUGUCCCCGGAGGGGGUUUUGCCCCCUGCCCCUGCUGAUGGGGACUCCUUGCUGCAGCCCAGCAGAGCCCCACGGUGGGGGCUCACGUGCCAGCCCUGCUGCAGGGACCUGCUUCUCCGACACCCCGUGUGCCCGCAGGGGCACGCUGACCCACUACGGGAGGUGGUGUCCCGUGCUGGGGGCCGGGGGUGGACGUUUGGGCUGCCUGUCCCGGGCUGCCGGCAGACUUUGCGUGUGACUGAAGGUAGGUCACACAGCAACUCGGUGACUUGGUUCUCCCACCUGUAAAAUGAGGCUGUCGGCACUGCCCUGGCUCCCAGCAAUGCUGUGAGGUUGGACUGGUCAUGGUGCCUUGGGUGCCUGGACGGAGACACUGGCAGAAUAUAAUUAAAUAUUUCACAACCAUACUCUGAGAUGCCAGAGGCCUGGCGCUGGGCUGACAAUAGAGAAGAAAGUAUGGCUUCAGCAACAACCCCCCUCCCAAACACUUUUUUUAUGUACACUUCUCUGCCGGCAGGGAGAGCGGGUACAGACAAGCAGACCGUGCCACCGAGCUGCCAUCGCUUUCCAGCUCCCUGUGAGAUCACCAGAUCUCUGCCACAUGCACCUCCUCUGGGUUGCUG